AUGAAGAAGUUAGUUGAUGAUAAUGCCCGGAACUGGAAUAAAAAGGUAUAUGAAGCCUUAUGGGUGGAUAGAAUUACUCCUAAAAGAGCAAUUGGAAUGGCACCUUAUGAACUGGUGUAUGGGAUUGGCGCAAAGGUUUCUUUACCUCUGGAAUUGGCAGCGAUGAGACUUCAAACCAUAAUUAAGGACUUCUUCCAAAAUGCUCUAGAGAAGAGAGUCAUGUAUUUGAUGAAGCUGGAAGAGGAAAGAGAGAUGUUAGUGGAUAGAAUUACUGAGCAUCAAAACAGCGUGAAGAAAAUCUUCGAUAUGAGAGAUCGACCAAGAGGGUUCCUAAAAGGAGAUGAAGUAUUGUUGUGGGACAAAAGAAGGGAACCAAAGGGUGCCCAUGGAAAAUAUGAUUCAUUGUGGAAAGGUCCAUUCAAGAUCCAUGAAGUAGUGGGACCGAAUGCAUUCAGACUAAAUUAUUCUGAUGGAACACAGUUCUAUUUCACGGUCGCGGAUGAUGUUUCAUAUCCUCGUUCUCCAGACCGUGAACCAUUUGAACGUAGUUCAAAUAGUUCAGUGAUGUUCAACAUGUUCAAUAAAGUUAAAAAGGCCAACGGCAGUUAA